AUGAUCACCUCACGUCUCUCAUUAUCGUUUUUGGCUCUGGCGGGCGGUGCGCUCGGCGCCGACCUGCCAUCCAUCCUGAUGAAGGGCUCCAAACUUUUCUAUCCCAAUGGAACUCAAUUCUUCUUCCAGGGUGUUGCGUACCAGCAGCAGACUGGCGCUGCCGGGUCGACACCGACUAAUUCGAGCUACCUUGAUCCUUUGGCUGACACCAAGCGCUGCGAAGCCGAUGUCCGCAAUCUGGUUCAGCUCAGGACCAACGUGAUCCGAGUGUACGCAAUUGACCCUACCAAGGACCAUUCAAGCUGCAUGAAGACCUUGAAUGACAACGGCAUCUAUGUCAUCGCAGACUUGGGCGAGCCCAGUCUUUCCAUCAACCGCGAUGAUCCCGCCUGGGACACCGCGCUCUUUACUCGCUAUAAGCAAGUCGUUGACGAGUUGGCCAAGUACUCCAAUACGAUUGGCUUCCUGGCUGGCAACGAGGUCAGCAAUCAGAACAACAACACUGGCGCAUCUGCAUACGUCAAGGCGGCCGUCCGUGAUACCAAGGCGUACAUCAAGUCGAAGAAGUACCGCUGGAUGGGUGUAGGCUACGCUGCCAACGACGAUAAGCCUAUCCGUGACCAGAUUGCCAGCUUUUUCAACUGCGGUCCCCGGGAAGAUUCGAUUGACUUCUUUGGAUACAAUAUUUACUCGUGGUGUGGCAACAGCAACUUUGAGGCGUCCGGAUACAACCGUCUCAUUGAGUUUUUCAACGGUUACUCGGUCCCUACGUUCUUUGCCGAAUAUGGCUGUAACUUGCCGAAUGGCGGCGCGGACCGCACAUUUGAAGAAACGCCCGCUUUGUAUGAGAAGAACAUGACUGAAGUCAUUAGCGGGGGUAUUGUCUAUGAGUACUUCCAGGAGACCAACGACUAUGGUCUGGUCGAACUCGGCAGUGGCGGCUCCGUAUCCAAGAUGAAGGACUUUGCCGCUCUCCAGAACAAAAUGAGCAAAGUCAACCCCCAGGGCGUCAAGAUGGACUCGUACAACCCGACAGCCACGGCCAAGGCUUGUCCUGCCGUCGACUCAACCUGGCGAGCCAGCUCGACGCUUCCCCCCACCCCCAACGACGAGGCCUGUGAAUGCAUGUUCAAAGCGUCUUCUUGUGUUCCUGCAAGCAGCCUCAAGCCUGACGACUUCGGUGACAUCUUUGGUUUCGUCUGCGGCACGGACACGUCAAUCUGUGCUGGCAUUGACGGAAACACCACGACCGGAAAGUAUGGCCCGUACAGCAUGUGCUCCAGCCGCCAGAAACUUGCCUACGUGCUGGAUGCGUACUACAAGAAGAACAAGAAUGCUGCCGGGUCGUGCGACUUCAAGGGCCAGGCUACGACUCAGAGCGCGCGUGGUUCUCAGUCCGACUGUGCCAAGCUGGCUCCCUCAAACGGCGCGAACCCUACCUCGAGCGGAAACAGCAGUGACAGCUUUGCCGUGAUGACAGCGUCGCCGACCCGAGUGGGAAAUUCUGCCGUCGGGCUCUACUUGGUUGUGGCUUUGUUUGGAGUGGGCAUGGUGGCCUGGUAG